CUUGCUGCUCUCCUUACUUUUCCGUGUUUCAAAGUUGUUUUCCUCAGUGACCCUUUGGCGUUCCGUUGUUCACUGUUUGAGUGCACGUUCACAAACAAUAGCAGUGGAGCUGGAGAAGCACUUAAGAUGUGUUCACGACAAUGGGACAUUGUUUGCACACAGUGGCUGUUCUAUUCUUUGAUAAAAUUGGUACAACUUUAGAAUGGAUCUUCAAAAACGAGACGCAGUAUCUGUAGUGUCAAUCCGCUCACCCCUACUUUGCACUUCUUUCUGUACCCUGUCGGGAGUGGCUUCAGAAGCGAAGCCGUAGUGCACACACUGCUGGAGACUGAGAAAAGAAUUACAGACGAAAUGGCCACAUCAACCACCACAGAACCAUGGGGAGGUGGAGACUCAGACUGGCGGCCCAAGGGAAGGAGCAGCCCUGACUUUGAUCGUCCCAACAUGACCAUGACCAGGAGGAUUGUGUUAGUGGGGAAGACUGGGGCCGGGAAAAGCUCUUCAGGAAACACCAUCCUGGGGAGAAGAGCUUUUAGAGAUGCCAAACUGAGCAUUUCUGUGACACGAGAGUGUUGCAAGAAGACAGAGGAGAUGGCACGGAGACAAAUAGUCAUUGUGGACACACCUGGAUUGUUUGAUACAGAACAGUCUGACAGUUACUUGCAGACUGAGAUCAGUAAAUGCAUCAAUAUGACUUCACCUGGUCCACACGCCAUUGUGUUGGUCAUCAGCCCAGGGCCUUUCACAAAGGAGGAACAGCUUGCUGUAGAGAAAAUCAGGGUGCUCUUUGGAGAAGAAGCUGAUAAGUAUACCAUCAUUCUCUUCACUCAUCGUGACGAGUUGGAUGACGGUGACAUAAAGCAGUAUAUCAGUGAAGGACAGAAAGACCUCAUGAGACUUGUGGACCAGUGCGGUGGAAGGUACCAUGCUUUUGACAACACCAAGAUGGACGACAGGGACCAAGUUAUUGAUUUCCUACAGAAAAUUGACGACAUGGUGGAAGUAAACGGUCAAGACCAUUACACUAACCCUAAGUACCAAGAAGUGGAGGGAAAGCUUACUACAAAGGAAGAAGAGUUGACGAAACAGUACAAAGAAGAAAUAAAAAGGUUAGAAGAGGAAGAGAAGAAAUUACCUCUUAGAUACCAGGAGGAAAGUCAGAAGCUACAUUAUAAAAUUAAAUCACUGAAGGAGUCAAUGGAAGUGGAAGAAAAUAAACUUGAACAAUUACAACUCCUGGAUCAAAAUAACAUCUGGCGAAUCAUGGAAAAGAAGCGUUAUUAUGAGAGGAAGCUUAAGUUUGUGAGAGAGGAAGCAGAAUUAAUGGAAGAUAACAAAUGGAUGUCCACAGAAGUUCACAAAAAAUUACAGGAUCUCCAUCUUUGAAAGCAGAUGUUCUUUUUCCCUACAUUGUUUGUGUGCUCGUUAUUGAACCAUUUGCUGCAUCCACCUGAAAAAAUGCUGACAUUGACAAUCUUAGCUGAGAUGUAGAUGAUGAACAGUCAUCUGUGAAAUGAUUGGAACUGACAUUUUAUUGAUCCAGGCAUAAAAAACAUAAGUGGUCGCAUAGGGCCCCCGAACCCUAGGGGGACUCCGACUGAUAAGGGAGAGGGGGGCCCAAAAUUAAAUUUUGCUUAUGGUCCCCAAAAGGCUAGAGCUGGCCCUGGUCCCAAUGCUUUUGACCACUAAGCCACCCUACCACCUAGAUAGAUUAUAAAAUAGAUGAUAAAACAUGGCUAUCAGACAGAUAUUUGCUUUGAUCUUACAAAAACCAACUGCCAAUACAUUUUUUCUGACUAUUGUUGUGGACAUUUCUUUAUACAAUGUAUUCUCACUGAGUAAAGGACUGAG